AUGACACGGAAAUUGGUAGUUCUAACAAUUAGUUCAGAAUUUCUUGCAUAUCAAAAAGAUAAACUUCUUAAAAAACUGAAAACCGACCGUCGUGGGUUAGUGGAAUCAGAAUACUACAAAACUGUUUCAAAUCCCUCUACAGACGUGGACAGAAUGCUUUGUAGAUUUUCCCCCAUUUACUACAAAACUUUGUUUGAUUCUGAUUCAAAUAAUUGUUAUUUUUGUAAAUCACUCGUAGACUAUUUGUGUCUCGAGAACAUUUCGGCGACAUUUCAGAAUCCAACAUUGAUUGAUAUCAAAAUCGGGCCGGUCACGUGGGAGCCCGGCUGUGUAGAUCAAUAUAAAAUGAAUAAAUUCCCAGCAUCAGCACAAGUUAAAUUCAGAAUUUGUGGAAUGAAAGUUGUAUUCUUUACUCCAGUUUGA